AUGAAACAAAUAGUUCCUUCCUUUUGUUCCUCCUCCUCCUUGUUGAUUUCUCUUCUACUAGCAAUAUUCCUAUGCAUUAGCCCCACACAAUCAAGGCUUAGCGUGAAGAUAGGCAGUGAUGUGCUCUCUCAAAUAUGUGCCCAGACAGAAGACACUGAUUCUUGCUUGAAAGCUUUACAAUCCGACCCCCGCACAGCCUCCACUGACCUCUAUGGCCUUGCUCAAGUCUCAAUCAACUUGGCCAAUGCCACUGCCACUGAAACUAAAACGAAGAUUAAGUCACAACUUGGUCAGACCACAGACCCUAAUCUCCAUGACCAGUACUCACAGUGCCUAGACUCUUAUGACAAUGCCAUUGGUAAAAUAAACUACGCAAAUGAUAGGUGGAGCAUCAAGGACUUCCUUGCCCUUGAAGCUGCAUCAUCUGAUUGCCUGAUUGAUAUUGAUACCUGCAAAGAUGUAACAACUCCAGCCUCACCCUUUCUUCCAGAACAAAAUAAUAAAUCGCAUCUGCUUUGUAAUAUAGUGUCCACUAUAGCGAAAAGUCUAGCAGCAGGGAACAAUUAG